AUGCACGCAAUAACGGCAACAAAAGCAACAACAUCGACAACAAUAACCAAUGCUGCAACAACUCCAACAAUAAAUACAAGAGCAAUAUCAACGACGACAAAGGGAGCUCCAAGACAAACACCAAGCACAACAACAACUAAAUAUGACUCACAAAGACUGAAAAUGACGAAGGGCAUUCUUACUGUUGGCACUUGGAAUGUUCGAACACUAUGGGCAACUGGAAAAUUGGAACUAUUAAGAAAUGAAAUGAAGAGAUAUAAAUACGACAUCAUCGACAUCUCAGAAGUACAGUGGACAGGCAAAGGUGAAACAUCAAAUGGCAACUUCAUCUGGUCAGGAGAAGCCAGUACACACAGUAAAGGUGUUGGAAUAUUACUCAGUACAAAAGCCAAAAAGUCAGUUUUAGGCUACAAUCCAAUCAACUCAAGAUUAAUUACUGCAAGAUUCAAUGCGACCCCAUUCAACAUAACAAUCAUCAAUGUAUAUGCUCCAACAUCGGAUGCACCAGAAGAUGACAUCGAGACAUUCUAUGACAACCUGGAAGAUGCUGUGGCACAAACGCCAAAAAAAGAUGUCCUCGUCAUAGUUGGAGAUUGGAAUGCAAAGGUGGGAAAUGACAGCACAGGAUGGGAAUCUAUUAUGGGCAGAUACGGUUAUGGAGAUAGGAAUGAACGUGACGAACGGUUAUUAGAGUUUGCAACAUUACACAAUUUAUUCAUUUGCAAUACAAGGUUCCAACAAAAAUCAAGUCGAAAAUGGACAGGGGAAUCACCGAGUGUUGUGCACAAGAACAUGAUUAACUUGAUCACCAUACAACAACGUUGGAAAACAUUCGUCAUCAACUGCAGAACGUUUCAAGUUGCAGACAUCAGCUCUAACCACUCCCUAGUGUUAUGCAAUAUUAAAUUAAACACUGAAGAAUCUACGCAAUAAACCAAGACACAAUCAUCGAAUUGACAUGAAUCAACUCAAAGAUCAACCAACAAGACAAACCUACCAAGCAAAACUAGCAAACAACUUAAACAAGAUCUAUCCAAACUCCAGUAUCGAAGACUAUGCUGUACAAAUCGGUAAAGCAGUCAAAGAAGCAUUACAGUCAAGUGUAACUAAUACAAAAACAAUCGAAAAGCCCUGGAUCUACACCCAAACAUACAAUUUAGCAGACGAAAAACGAAAAGCAAAACAAACAGAGCAUCUGUCAACAGAACACAACAAAAUAUACAAAGAUCUCUGUAAC